GGCAGCGCACCGAAGGGGUGGGACACAGUGACCAGUAGUGACAGAAGGAAAACGUUCCAAAAACAGGAGGGAGGAUCGUUUUAAGGUUUCCCUUUAACUGAUUCGGUUGGUUUUUGGGAUUCGUUCGAGACAAUUGUCUCGAUCCUGAAUCGCCAUGGAGCCUCAGGACAUUUACUACAGCAAAGCGGAAUACGUCGAGACGGCGUCCGGGAACAAGGUCAGCAGACAGACCGUUCUCUGCGGCUCGCAGAAUAUCGUUUUGCACGGGAAAGUGAUCGUUCAGUCGGACGCUAUUAUCAGGGGCGAUCUGGCGAACGUUCGAACGGGACGUUACUGCAUAAUCAGCAAGAACGCCAUCAUAAGGCCGCCGUUCAAAAAGUUCAGCAAAGGCGUUGCCUUCUUCCCAUUGACGAUGGGGGACCACGUGUUCGUUGGAGAACGCGCCGUGGUAAACGCAGCGAUCGUCGGAUCUUACAUAUACAUAGGAAAAGAUGCAGUGAUCGGAAGGAGGUGCAUCCUGAAGGAUUGUUGCUACAUCGAAGACGGCGCCGUGGUACCGCCAGAGACCAUAGUACCGUCGUUCACUCGGGUCGCCGGGAGCCCCGCGAAAUGCGUCGAGGAUCUGCCCGAUUGUACGCUCGAUCUGAUGCUGGAAUUCACCAAGAAUUAUUACCAGCACUUUCUGCCGUCGCACGGUUAACCUCGUCGACUUUUGCGUAUACAUACCCUGUACACAGAAGCUUCUUUAUCUAUUACAUUUUCUACUCGUU